AAGGCUUCUGUGUUCCUAAAAGUGGAAAUGAUAGAGUCGUUCCAGAGGAGCACUGAUUUAUUCUAAUGCUGUCGGUGGAGGGCAUGUGAAAAGAGAGAGAGAGAGAGACAGACGGACAGACAGACAGGCAGACAGAACAGCCGCUGCCUGCAGAGUCAACACAACGCUGCGAAGUUCCUGCUCUCGGACGGAACCAUCUGGAAAAGUCGGUCCACACCGGUGCUCCAGUGAAGAUUGUUUUUAAGUCUAACUUUGGCAAAAAUGACUCGUUCCUCUUUGCUGCUGCUGCUCUCGGGGAUUUUAAUUUGUACACUUUUUGUCGCGUCUCACUGUGAAGAGCAGCGGAUCUCCGGAGACAAACUUCUAGUUGUGACCGUUGCAACCAAAGACACCGAUGGCUUCAGGCGUUUCUCGAGGUCGGCUAAACACUUCAACUACACAGUCAAGGUUCUCGGUCGAGGUCAGAAAUGGAACGGAGGCGACUACAUGUCGGCGCCGGGCGGAGGCCAGAAAGUGCGGCUCCUUAAAGCAGCCCUGGAGAAGAUGAAGAAAGUCGACCAGAUCAUCCUUUUUAUUGACAGCUAUGAUGUGGUUUUUGCUUCGGGUCCCAAAGAGCUGCUGAAGAAGUUCCAGCAGGCCAAACACAGGGUGGUGUUUUCCUCCGAGAGCCUGAUCUGGCCUGACCGCCAUCUGGAGGACAAACACCCUCACGUCAGGGAGGGCAACAGGUUCCUGGGCUCUGGCGGCUUCAUCGGCUACCUUCCCAACGUUAAAGAAAUGGUCGCCAACUGGACAGGAAAAGACAACGAGAGCGACCAGCUGUUCUUCACCAACAUCUACAUCGAUCCAGCAAAGAGAAAAUCCAUAAACAUCACCCUGGACAGCAAGUGCAGAUUGUUCCAGAACCUACACGGAGCCCUGGAUGAGGUCGUGCUGAAGUUUGAGGACAGUCGAGUGCGAGCCAGAAACGUGCUGUACGACACCCUGCCCGUCAUCAUCCACGGGAACGGACCGACGAAGCUCCAGAUCAACUACCUGGGUAACUACAUCCCCAGCGCGUGGACAUUUGAGAAAGGAUGCACAGUGUGCCACCAGGAUCUAUAUCCACUCACAGCUCUUAAGGAAAGUGAAUACCCUCUGGUGUUGAUCGGUGUCUUCAUCGAGCAACCCACGCCGUUUGUCACGGUGUUCUUCGAACGGCUGCUGAAGCUGCAGUACCCCAAGGACAGGCUAAAACUGUUCAUUUACAACCAGGAAGCGCAUCACAAAAGCCAGGUCAGCUCUUUCCUGCAGGAUCACGGAAGCCUUUAUCAGGACGUCAAACACAUGGGCCCCGAAGAGGACAUGGAUGCAGCGGCGGCCCGCAACCUGGCCUUCGAUAAAUGCCGGAACGACAAGGACUGCGACUAUUUCUUCAGCGUGGACAUUGCGGUGGUUCUACAGAACGAGAACACGCUCAAAAUUCUAAUCGAACAAAACCUACCCAUUGUGGCGCCGAUGAUAACUCGAGCUGGCCGACUGUGGAGCAACUUUUGGGGAGCGCUCAGCGCUGACGGCUACUACGCUCGGUCUGAGGACUACGUGGACAUAGUUCAAGGACAGAGAAUGGGUGUGUGGAAUGUCCCAUAUGUGUCCAAUGUGUACCUGGUAAAAGCCAGCCUGCUUAGAUCAGAGUUGAAAGACUACGAGCUGUUCACCUCAUCCCUCCUAGACCCUGACAUGGCCUACUGCCACAACGUUCGCAGCAAGGGAAUCUUCAUGUAUGCAACCAACAUGCACACCUUCGGUCGCAUCGUGUCGACAGACAACUACCAGACUGUUCACCUGCAUAAUGAUCUGUGGCAGAUUUUUGAAAACCCAGUGGACUGGAAGGAGCGCUACAUUCAUCAAAACUACUCCCACAUCAUGAAAGACAAGCUGAUUGAAACUCCUUGUCCCGACGUGUACUGGUUCCCGAUCUUCUCUAACGUCGCUUGUAACCACAUCGUUGAAGAAAUGGAACACUUUGGGAAGUGGUCGGGAGGAGCCAACGUGGACACCAGAAUCCAAGGCGGCUACGAGAAUGUGCCCACCAUCGAUAUCCAUAUGAAUCAAAUCAACUUUGAAAAGGAAUGGCAGAAGUUCUUACUGGAAUAUAUAGCACCGAUAACCGAGAAAAUGUACCCGGGUUACUACACCAAAUGUUCCACUCCCUUGAACUUUGUGGUGAGGUACAAACCGGACGAGCAGCCGCUGCUUGUCCCUCACCACGAUGCCUCAACAUUCACUAUUAACAUUGCUCUCAACAGCAAAGGCGUUGACUACCAGGGCGGCGGAUGCAAGUUCCUGCGCUACGACUGCUCCGUUCAGGCUCCUCGUAAAGGCUGGGCCCUCAUGCACCCGGGCCGCCUCACCCACUACCACGAAGGCCUGCCGACCACCGCCGGCACCCGCUACAUCGCAGUGUCCUUCGUGGAUCCCUGAGCCCCUUGAUACGGCACAACUCACGCACAAGCCCAGACCAAACAGGACAUACACUGACUACAUCUUUUAGCAUCACAGCUGUUUUUGUUUUUUUAAAUGUUUAUUUUUUUUUUAGUUUUCAGAUUCAGAGUGAGGACAGUUUCUCUUUCUAUUAGCUGAUUUCCUUCAAAAAUGAUGUACAAAAUGAUAUUGCUUCUGUCUCUGUGACAUUCAUCAGCAGCGCUCCGUAAAACGAGGCGGUACAGUGGAACAAGAAUAUAUAAUAACCACCGCUUUAGUGGCAUCAAACUGCAUCAAAAGUAACACGUCGUUCAAACCUUCACACGUGACACAAGUAUUUGUCACCAGCAGUCUACAGUUUUCAUCCAUCAACCUAUGUCGGGGGGAGUCUGCUUUAUAUUUGAAAAAGAAAAAGUCUUUGGUGUCUCCAGAAGAAGUUGUGUGGAGUGGAAGGAAGGAUGGAAGCUUUCUGCAGGCUCCGGGUUGCAUGAGCUGUUGAUAGCAUAGCAUGCUAAUGGAUGUGUUCUAGUAAAAGGAUGAUGCAUCAUUUUUUUGGCCUUUGUUUGAUAGUGAAGUUAGAGAGAGACAGGAAAGUGGG